AUGCAAGACACGAGUGCUGCUGCUCAGCAAUCGCAAUCUGCUACGAACUCGCGUUCUGUUUUCUCGGCAAUUAAACCUUUCCAGCCAAAAGGUAAUAUCGCUGUAGCCUGGCGAGAAUGGAAAACAAAAUUCGAAAUUUUUCUGUGCGCCACCAACCUUGAGAAUGAGUCUGACACAAGGAAAAAUGCUCUUCUGCUGCAUCAUAUCGGCGAAGAAGCAAAUUCAGUAUACUACUCCUUCAACAUCUCUCAUAAGGAGAUCAAACAUGAUGCCUUAAUCAAGAAAUUCGACGAUUUCUAUUCACCUAAAAGAAACGUUGAUAUUUCGAUAUAUAAGCUGAUCACCCGAAAGCAGGCUGCGGACGAAUCGAUCGAAACGUACGUCACUAAGCUUAAGAAUUUAGCCACAAAUUGUGAACUAAAAGAGCAGAACGACAAAAUUGUGAAAUUAGUAUUUGUGGCCGGUCUGCUUCCUCAACAUGAUGCUAUUAGAGUGCAACUCCUGAUGAAAGAGAGCGACGAAGCGGUGUUGUUUGCCCAGACGAUGCACGCGUCACAAUUACAGUCAAAGUCAAAGGAGGAGCCAGCUGAAAACCAACUGGUGAAUAAGGUGGAACGCGGAAGAUCCAGCAACUUCAGAGGGCGUGGAAGGCGUGGGAGAACCAGUGCUAUCUGUGAUGAACCAACAUCGUCUAACUUCACCCACAACCCUCAACACGGGCGUCAAUCCAGCUUUGGGAAGCAGAAGCCCUGCAAAUCGUGCGGAAAUUCCAUCCACUACUCCGGUAAAUGUCCUGCCAUUGGAAGAAACUGCUCCGUCUGCGGAAAACCCAAUCACCUAAGAGGGUAUGCAACAAGCGAAAGGUCAGGCUUGUGGAGAAUCAAUUCUCCAGCGAUGAAGACGACUACUAAUCGACAGAUGAUGAUGGACCUAACCUCUUCAUUGGUGCUGUUAAUGGGGUUCAAGAUGAACAAUGGAUUUAAAUCAUGCAAAGAAUUAGGAAUAUUGAAACAAGUUAACACGAUUACUGCUAAGUACACAUCUUUGAUUAAAAAAUAUGAAGUUUUUCAAGGUGUAGGCUGUGUUAAAGACACCAAAUGCAAAAUUACAAUAAAAGAAAAUGCAAAACCUGUGGCGGAACCUGCCCGUCGAAUUCCAUACAUGCUGCGUAGAAGAGUCCGUGGUGAGCUAAAUAGAAUGGUAAAGUUGGGAAUCAUCGAGCCGGUGAAUGAACCAACUGAAUGGGUCAAUCCCAUAGUAACAGUCACCAAAGGUAAUGGGGAGCUAAGGGUCUGCCUAGAUCCUCACUUUUUGAAUAAAGAAAUAAUUACCCCCAAGCAUUAUAUUCCUACUGUAGAUGACAUAAAAGCUAAACUGAAAGGUGCAACUGUUUUUACUACUUUAGAUGCAAAGGCAGGAUUCUGGGCCUUACCUUUAGACGAAGAAAGUUCCAAACUAACUACUUUUGCUACCCCCUUUGGAGGGUUUAAAUUUAAGCGAUUAGCGUAUGGAUUAAAUUGUACCAGCGAAAUUUUUCAAGCGGAAAUGUGCCGAUAUCCCAAAUCUGAUAAUUUACAUUGA